GAUUCCCUCGGCGGCAAUGGUUAUACUCUGAUGAUUGCGUGCGUGUCUCCUGCAGAUUCGAAUCACGACGAGACGUUGAAUACGAUUCGUUAUGCUGAAAGAGCCCAAAAAAUCAAGAAUAAACCUGUAAUCAAUAUCGAUCCUAAUGCAGCGGAAAUUAUGCGGUUGCGCACUGAAUCGGAAUCGCUGCAAAACGGCUACCGGGAUAUAGUUGUCAAAUUUCUGGCCGAGAGCGAUGAGCAUGCAGUCGCGGAGAUCAACACUACGUGGAGUGAACGACUAUCGUUGUUGAACAUCGAACUGAAUGAACUGGAUAGAAUUCGUAACAAAACCGCAGAUGGGGUCACCGACGAAGCUGUUAUCGAUGAGGCGAUGGACGAAGACGAAGAUGAUGUGGUUUUCAGCGCGAGGCAGCGUAAACUUGAUGAGGAAAUACAGUCAGUGCAGAUACAGAUUCGUGACAAAGAAGCACUCAUCGAAAGAGCUGCGUCAGACAGUUCCUACGUUGAACAAGACGCAAAAUUGACUGAAAUGGAACAGAGAAUCGAAGAUCUGGAAAACGAGAAGUCUAAUCUAGAGCAACAGCUGCGGUCUCUGCGAAAUACGGCGAUGUGCAAUCGCAAACGUGAUUUUGAAACAGCGAAGUUGAAGCAGUCGUUGGAGCAGAAGAUCAGCAUUUAUCGUAGAAAGCUGGAGCAGGAAUUUCUGAAGACUGAAAUCGAGAUGGCUUUCGACGCGGAAGAAGCUAAAAGGCACUGCGAUCGGUUAAUAGAGCAGCGAAAGGAAUUGGCGCAGGAAUGUACGAGCCUGAAAUUGCAGUACAAUGACUUGCUCAAUGGAAGCGAAGGAGGUGGUAGUCCUCCAUACAAAAAGGUCGCAAAGGAGGGUGGAAAUUCAAAUGAGCAGCGUAACAAGGAUGAUUUGAGAGCUGAUGUUGAAAAUUCCCUCAUGCUAUUGAAGCAUGAAAUCGACAUUAGGAACAACGAAAUUCGGGAGCUGCGGAUGAAGGCGUCAGCUUUCGAGUGUGAGUCACAUGAAAGCGACCGUUUCGCUGCUGCAGAUCUGGCAUCGGCAAGGUACCUUUUAAUGGAGCUAUUCGCCAUGGUAAUUGAGGCGAAAACAAACCUCUCAGAUCUGAGGGCAGAAAACGAAGAAUUAAAGCAAAAGGAUGAACAGUUACCGCAGACCAGCAGUUUCUCUAAUACCAACGUGAUACCCAGACAAGUGUAUGACAUUGAGAUGAACAUGUGCUAUGACAUUAUGCUGUGCUGUCUGAGUGAUGGCCAGCUAACCGAACAAAUGCAUUCUUUUUUGUCAAAGAAAAAAUCGUCGGACGAAAAGGCAUUACAAGUUUUGGAGGCGUUUGACCGAAUGACUGGAGACGUUUCCCAUUUGUUCGAGGUCUUCUUUAUCGCUCUUUUUAUGGAGCAGAACGGUCCUCGAUUCUUUCCAGCUGCUAGAGAUGGCCUUCUCAGUCAGGUAGCGACUGAAUCUAGCCGCGAGUGCGUGCCAGAAUGCGUGCCCACCGGCUUUCAUGAACUCAGUGCUAAUACCGUCCUUACCGGGAGCUUUUCCACUUUAAUCUGGAAGCUUGCGUUUCUUACUUAA